AUGGUAAAUAAUUUAAAAACGGAUAUUAAAUUCUUCAUUGUUGCCUUGGCUUUUGUGGCUUGCGCCUAUGCCGAUGUUUCGGAAUUGGGUUACAACUAUAACCAACAACAUCAUGCCCACCAUGAACACCAUGUUCAUCAUGAAGUGGCAGCUCAACCCCAAAAUUCAUACAUUCCUCCCGCACCCGUUGCUCCAGUUGCUCCCGUCAACACGUAUGUGCCACCAGCACCAGUAGCUCCCGUCAACACUUAUGUGCCACCAGCACCUGUACAAAUUCAUCCUGGACCCGCCCCUGUUGUUCACGAACCCGUCAACACCUACAUUCCUCCAGCAUCCGUCAAUCCCGUCGAAGAAAUCGUACAAACCCCCUCUGACGGUUAUCACUACAAGACUGCCCGCCGUGUUGUCUACAGACACCGUGCUUAAAUGAAUUUUCUAUCUAAA